CCUGGGCUAUUUGAGGCUGGAACUAGUAGGCCUCUUUUCUCCUUUAUUUUGCAAUCUUGUACUUGCUUUUGCCUUGCCCCCGUGUCUCGCGCAGACUCGCCAGUAAGCAGCUUUAGAGGUGAUGACAGCGACAUCUUCGGCCUGCAAGAACGAGCGUCCGAGCUCUCAACGCCGGAGACCAGUUUGCUGAGUGAGUUGAGGCAGGCAGAUGAGCUGCCGAUUCAGUCUCCAUCCCCACUUGUCUUCAGCCCCUCCCGUUCAGAGUUAGCCCAUCUUCGGCUGGACGAGACUAUCACUUUGUUAAGCUCCAGCGUCAAGAUGGCCGAUCCAUUAACUCCCAGCGUGUCGCUAGACGAUGUCACUUCGGACGCGUCCCACGAAAGCGACGAAUCGACCCUGUCCGCUGCCUCUGUCGCUAAGUCUUCCGGCCUAGUGGCAGAAGAGCAAGAGCACUCAGCGGCGUCUGCGUCUCGCGAGGCAGACGGCGACAAGGCGGACGGCACGAGUCUUCUCGCGACUGGUGCCUCGAAGUCGACGCCAGGCGCGGCUCGGGGCGCAACAGCUGCCGACCAGGUUGGGCCGCCAGCUGAGCCGUCGUUAGGGCCUGUUCCCGUGGAUAUGCCAGCUGGAAGGGCGUCUCUUGCGUCUCGUGCCGAGAGUCUGCUCUCGCAGGGACGGUCGGUUGAAGAGGCAAACGGCGCAAACGGUCAGGAGAAGAUUGUCUUUCCUUCAGUUAGGCGUCGCCGUGAGUCUCUUGUGCUUAACUUUGCUGGCCAGCACGAAACGGCGGCGGCGGCGGCGGCAGCGGCGACGGCAAGUGCUCUCGAUCAGGGCGGCCACCGUCGAGAGGCUGCGCGCGGACAGGGCGGCGAAGUAGUGCUGCGUAGGAAGCGUUUCGCGGAACGAAAGCCGCUCGUCUCACUUUACGACUCGGAAGAACCUGAGACCGAGUCGGGCUACAGACGACUUUCGGUCGUCAAUCUGAUUAGCGCAUUCCAGCAAGAGGCUCGGCCGACGCCCGAGUCGUCGGGUCUCGCGUUGAGGGCUAGAAACUGGCGUGUCGAGCCACCUUCAGUAAAGAGCGGUGAGCUUGUCCAAGCUAUUGAUCGCUCUCUGCCUCAAGCACUCAUUGGCUAUGCACCGCUUACUGUGCCUGCGCGAGUCUCAGCCUCGGCGUGUUUAGCCUGGCUGUCUGGGCCUGUUAGGUCUCGGUUUCCUUCCUCCUCAUUCUUCGCCCUUUCCCUUCUCUUCUCUUCACUUUACUUCACUUCUCUACGCCUGGAGCCGCUUAUAGAGACGUCGACCAAGGUUAGAUCCUGCGACCAGGCCGAUCUCAGCACCAGUGGAUCUGUCUGUGAGAGAAAUCUGACGGAAAUACCGCGCAAGGAGGCUGUCCAUAAAAGGAGUACUGAUGAGGCAGCACCGAGGCCUGGCAGGAAGUACGCAAGAACUCGCCACUCCACACUUCCCCUAGAUUUCAACGAACCAUUUCAACCUGCUAAAGAGGCCAAGGAGAUCACCAUGUCAAUCCAGGAGAGAUGUCGUUUGGAGCAAUCAUCACUACCGCCACAGGGGGCCAUAUGUGCUCAUGGAUUAUCCUCUAUUCUAUGCUCAACUUUUCCUCGUGGCCCUCACGUCUUCACGUUGCCUUCACUACCAGCCGCGAAAUUAGUGGAGUUCAGUUGGCCUCCUGAAAUCUGCACGAGUGCGCUCGUAAUUGACCGCAAAUAG